AUGCAGUUGGCUGUGGUUGGUGGCGUGGCCGUUGCUGCCUGGUGGUGGUUCACCCGCAAACCCGCUGACGGUGCCCCAGCUGAUGAGAACUCAAAGAAGACUGAAACCAAGGCUGCAACGGAGCAGCAACAGACCAAGACUGCGCAAGACACGACGGCCGCCACUCCCGAUAACCGUGCCGCGCAAGUGAUCAACUCGAAGGACGCGGCUGAUGUGCUCGGCACGAAGAAGGAGAAGAACAUUGGCACCACCGAAGACACAAACACAACCACCGGAUCGAACGAGCCGGCCCCUGCCACCGGGCGCACCGCCACAGAUCAGGAGAAGACUGAGAAGACUGCUAUCCAGUCCUCGUAUGUCAACCUCCCGAAGGCGGCCAAUGGGACGGAGAGCGUGCGCCUCGAGCCGACCGUCAGCAAGUCGUCGACCCAUGGAGACACCCCGGAGUCGAACGUCAACACGUGUGCCGAAAUCACGACGACGCGCUCUUCGCACUCGACUACAACGGCCGUGGGUGGCGAAGUGACGACCCCGGUGCAGACGGGAGCGCAGAAGUCGAUCAGCGCUCUGACGGCCCUCGUCCCGGAGGCCGAGCCCACCGCGACCACGGCCAUCUCCGACACCAGCACCGCCAACCCAGCCGACACGACGACGGACAUCGUGAACACGGCUCGUCCCGGCUCUACCACUACGACUGCCGUGCCUGCUGAUGGCACCACGUCCGCCGUCAACACUGCCCGCGGCGCCGAGUCGAACCUCUCCGUGACAAACACCGCGCUGCCAGGGCCCGCCGAGUCGACGGUGAACACGGCCGCUGCCGCUCAUUCCGAGACCAACACGGCCGCCCCGCAGCCGACGACCCCCCUGAACACCGCCACGCCUGGAGAUGACGGUGCGACGCCCAAGUCGAGGAAGCGCACGCUCAGUUCGGACACGCUGCCCGACGCCAUCGUCGCCACCGAGGCCGAUUUGAAGGCGGUCGUCAGCCAGCUGCCGGAAGCUGAUGUGAAGACUGCGCGCGGCGUCGAGGGCUCUUCCGCUGAGACUGUGGAGCCAGCGAACGCCGUCACCGCCAGCAUC